CCCUCCCACACCCCAUUCACAGCUCCAGAGGGCUGAUCAUCCUGUGUCUAACCCUAGUGAGUUACAGUAGUAGGAGCUGUCUCUCUCUCCAACAAGAUCAAAUGGAGCCAUUCAAUGAAGAGAUUCCACUGCCUUCACUAUGCAGUUUCCACUAUCAAUAAUUUAACUAUCUUUGCUACAGACACAGAAGAUCAAAGCUGCACAUUGCUCUAGCUAUUUGUUUUCCAUAGGAAGUUGCAGGAAAACAAUACCAAAUUAUACAGAGUUUCAUCUGAGAUUUCCAAAAUACAAGUGUGUUGAUGUGUUCAUUGGAAAAUACUAACUGAAAAGUUCCAUCAGGUGAGAAGAGUAAUGACCAUCCUUUUCCUUACUAUGGUUAUUUCAUACUUCAGUUGCAUGAAAGCUGCCCCCAUGAAAGAAGCCAGUGUCAGAGGACAAAGUGGCCUGGCGUAUCCGGGUCUUCGGACCCACGGUACUCUGGAGAGCAUAGGUGGGCCAGUGAGCAGUUCAAGAGGAGGAGGACUUCCAUCCCUAACAGAUACCUUUGAACAUGUCAUAGAGGAACUCCUAGAAGAGGAACAAAACAUAAGGCAGAGUGAGGAGAACAAGGAUUCCGAUUUGUAUUCAUCAAGAGUUAUGCUGAGCACUCAAGUGCCUUUGGAGCCUCCUUUGCUUUUCCUUCUCGAGGAGUACAAAAACUACCUGGAUGCUGCAAACAUGUCUAUGAGGGUGCGGCGCCACUCAGACCCAGCCAGACGUGGGGAACUGAGCGUGUGUGACAGUAUUAGUGAGUGGGUGACUGCAGCAGACAAGAAAACUGCAGUGGACAUGGCGGGGCAAACAGUUACUGUUCUUGAAAAAGUCCCAGUACCCAAGGGUCAACUGAAACAAUAUUUCUAUGAGACCAAAUGCAAUCCUAUGGGCUACAUGAAGGAAGGUUGCAGGGGCAUCGACAAGAGGUAUUGGAACUCGCAAUGCCGAACUACCCAGUCUUAUGUGCGCGCUCUCACUAUGGAUAGCAAAAAAAAAGUUGGUUGGCGCUUUAUAAGGAUAGACACUUCUUGUGUAUGUACACUGACCAUUAAAAGAGGAAGAUAGUGAAUUUAUCUUGUAAAGAUUAUAUUGAGAAGAAAAUUAUCUAUUUGUAUAUAUACAUAACAGGGUAAAUUAUUCAGUAAAAAAAAUAAUUUUAUGGACUGCAUGUAUAAAUGAAGUUUAUACAGUACCGUGGUUCUACAAAUCUAUUUAUUGAACAUAUCCAUAACCUAAGGGAAAACAGAGUCUUCUGCGCACAAUGUAGCCUGUACUCUGCUGGAGGGGCUAGGACCCAAUUGCUGUGCAAUUCUUCCGUGGCCCCUCCAGCAGUACACGGGUUAAGAAAUAAGCCUGCAUUACGUUCCUCAAUAACAUUGUGGUUUUUUGAUGUUGCCAAGAAUUGAAAACAUAAAAAAAUUAUAAACAAGCAUGCAUGCUGCUUCAAUUGUGAAUUGAUAACACUCUGUCUUCAUCCAGGCAAAAGGGAAAAAAAAAUGCGAACCAAAACAUUCUGUUUACACUUUAGACAGUAUCUUUAUUCAUGUCGGUAUUAUAUCUGUUUACUGCUUUAAACUUCUGAUAGCGUUGGAAUUAAACAAUGUCAAGGUGCUGUUGUUA